AUGACUAUCACCAGUACUAUUCACGUUCCUCAUCUAGGUGGAGUAGAAGUAGGCUACCAAAUGCCCAAGACCUAUGACCCAUCUAAACCCACCGUCAUCCUCGUAAAUUCAUUCACGACGUCGUCUGAACUCUAUCGCCACCAAUUUGAGGAUGAAAAACUUAAUACAGCAAUGAACCUCCUUGCUAUAGAGCCAUUGGGCCAUGGCAAGACAAGGACAAAGGCCGAGAAUUGGACUUAG